CUGCUACCCACCAAGUACCUCUUGGCUCUCUCCCUCCUCUGCCCCAUUCCACCCCAACAAUAGCAACAACAGCGCGUCUCUCACAGAUCGUAGCUUCUCAUCAUACCCUUCCUCUGGUAUAUCUUCGCGAUGUCUUGCAACAGCAACUUUUGCCUCACCAGCGGCCAGGCUAAUUGGAUUAGGGGGAGCGACAACAUUCCUGCUCCAAUUGGCUUCCUCGGCGACAAGAGUAUGCCGACGUACACUGACAGCAGCGCCGCGCCAUCUUCCAAUAGCGUUGAGCGGAACAUUGGCUUUCCCCUCAAUAAUAGCAUGAUGGCGGCUGACAACAACGUCCUCGCCACCAAGCUGGAGCUCUUUGACGAGCACCUUAGUGCUAUCUUGAGCGCUGCAGAUUAUUAUGCGUCUACGUCUUCCAUGACGUUCCCUAAGUUUCCGAUUCCUGGCGUCGACGACCGCAAUGGACGCGCUUCUAGCACUGUGCCUUUGACUUCGCCGCCCCCCAGAAACGUACCGGGACCCUUGACUGGCCUCAGCCUUUUUGAUGAUAUGAUGUCGAUGCAGCUUGACAACGCCCCAAGCAACUCCGGUACCGCUAUGUAUGAGAACCCUUUCAAAGAUGGCUCCCUCCCUCCCACUCCAGCUACUCCUGAAAACCCUUUCUCGGAUAAGUUCCAAAUUCCCGAGAGCCCACCAGUAACUCCACCGGACCAGAGGACCUCUGAAAUCACAACUCCCCCUGGCAUUCUUUUCACGAAUUCCUACGUAGUUGUUCCCGACGGUUGGGCUACCGGCACUUCGCCAUGCACUCGCCGUUUCGAGGUAUCCCCAACUCCUAUGGGCCCACUCGGGAUGGGUCGUGAAGACCUCUCGAUCCCUAAUGAUUCUCCCGUCAUCACGGUAGACGGGAACGGGUAUGGACAUUGCAAUGAUGUCGGCCUCGAUGGUAUGAGAGGUGACUAUGUUCCGGUUGACGACAGCGCCGACAGCGACUACCACGACGGGUCCCCGGAGAAGAAGAACAAGAAGAAGAAAGCCGGCAAGACUGGUAAGAGUAUUGGCAAGGCAAAGGCAAAGGGUAAGGCGAGGGCGAAGGUGAUGUACACACCUUUGACCGUAACAAAGCCAGCUCGAAAGCGGAAGAAAGCUAGAGACUGGAGCGAGAAUAAAACUCCCAAGAAACAGCAGGUUGAUGAGAAGAGGGUCCUAGGUUCUGGGGGCGGGCCUAUUUCUACCGUCAACAAGUUUAGGGUUGCGAUUCAGCCUACUCUUCCGUCUCCCACCUUUCAUCCCCUUUCCGGUGGAUUCUUUCAUGGAGAUCUCGGUGGUGGAAGCAAUAUACAAGUCCAAGAGUUCCGCCCCUCGACAUCUAGUGCCCCAGGUACUCCAAAACCCCAGUCCCAAGAGUUCUGUAGUCGCUUCAGCGGCCCAGGUCAGCAAGCUAGUUCUUCAACCCCCAAUGUUCUCAGCUCACAACAACUCCAGUUCGAAACUUUUAAUAGUCAUCUCAACGAUCUGGGUCAAAAGUCCAGUUCCCCGUCUUUGAAUAUUAUAGGUUCCCAGCAGAUUCCUUUCCAAGAGUUCAGAGCGUCUAUCACCGAUCCAGUUCAGCCGUCUAGUUCCUUAUCUUUCAACAUUUAUGACCUAGAUCGUCGGCAAUUUUCUUUUCAAGAGUUCGGUACUUCCAGCGAAAAUCCAGUUCAUCCGUCUAAUCUCUCGCCUUUCAAUAUAUAUGACCCAGAUCAUCAACAAUAUCCUUUCAGUGAUCCUAUCGACGAUGCAGUCCAGCAAUCCAGUUCUUCCUCUUUCAAUGGCCCGGAUCGUCACCAGUUUUCUUUCAGAGAGUUCGGUACUCUCAGCAACGAUCAAGCUCAGCAAUACAACUCCCCCUCUUUCAAUGACCAACUUCCUUUCCAAGACUUCAGCAAUUUCCUCAACGAUGAUCAAGUCCAGCGUUCCAAUUCAAAUUCCCCCUCUUUCGUCUCUCCAGAACGUCAAGCUUGGUCUUUUCAAGAGUGGCAUCCUUCCACUAAUGAUGAAGCCCACCAGUCUCAGCCUAAUUCUCUCGUGACUAAUAUAUCCGGUGAUUCCCCUUCUCGGUUUCAGUUUCAAGAAUACGGCAAUGGUUUCGGCGGUCCGGGCCAACAGGUUAGCUCCUCCGCUUCGGGAUUUCAAGGUCAGGCCUUGUUCCAAGGAGUUGGGAUGAAUCCUUUCUCUGGGGACCAAGACAAUGACUAUGCAGGAGGAUACGAUCCGCCACCAACCUUCCAUCACAGUGUACAACAGAAAAUGAGCAUGGGCUCAAGCAACACCUCCUUUCCCCUACCACCACUGAAUGCCUAUCAGCAAGCCACCGGCUCCAUCAAGCCCUCUGGUAGCCAAGGAAUCCGAGAUGAGCAAGCCACCGGCGAUGUCUGGGAUAGCGAUUGGGAAGACGCCGAGUCAAAUUCCACGUCCGAGUAUACUGAAACCCCACCCUCGAAGCCUUCUAAGACCUCAACGAAGCCGAAGUCCAUCACCUCCACGCCGAAAAAGAUCCCGAACCGCAAAUCCCGCGCUCCCCGCGAGAAGUUGCUCAACUGGAAAGACUCCGACAACUACGAAAUGCUGCUCCUCGGCAUAGUUGGUGCCUGUGGCGAGCACAACAUCCGCAUCCCGUUUGCCGCGGCGGCGGAGUUCGCCGGCUUCAACAAGAGCCGAAAGAAGCUGUGCAGCUCGGGAAUGAUGCAGCAGGCGCUGAUCAAGUUAAAGGAACGAAAAGUCAGUCAGGGGAAGCGGCUACGGAGCCUUCAUAUGAGCUGGACCAAGAAGGCGGACGCCGGGUUGCAGCGGCCGGCAAGCCGCGACGCCGGCACCCAGGCCUUAGUGGACCACCCUAGCAAUGAAUCGUGUGCAACUGUACCCUGCGUCAUAUCUCAAAUUCAUCCUUCGUACAGUGAAUUAGACUUCCUGUUAUGGGCAAGCAGCCCUCAAGUAAAUAUGUAG